AAAUUCCAACCCUUAAAGCAAUCUGAUUUGAGCCCUAUACUUUCAUCAUCCUCUUUCGAUUUAGCUGUAAUAUUAUCUGGGUUUUGAGUUCGGAGUUCUGAUUUUUCCCAUUUUCUGUUUGGUUGCCGAGAAAAUUUGUGUUUACUAAAUGGGUGUGUCCAAUAAAGAGUCCCGGUUGUUGAACGAGGAUUUGAUGGAAGAGGAUGAUUUCGAAGAUGUUGGGUCUGGGUCAGAAUCGGAGGCAGAAUCCGAAGAGGAGGGUGAUGUGAAAUUGGAGGACCCGUCGAAGAAGGCCAUAUACAACAGAGAUGGUAUAAUGGAUAAACUUGGUGAUAUAAGCUGGCCGGAGAAUGCGGGAUGGGUGCACAAACUCUCUGUUGACAUUGAUCAAGAGCAAAAGGUGGACGUGAAUGAUGACUUGACUCGAGAGCUUGCCUUUUACACACAGGCUUUAGAGGGAACGAGGAAGGCCUUUGAGAAGCUUCAGUCAAUGGGGCUUCCUUUUCUGAGGCCCGAGGACUACUAUGCAGAGAUGGUGAAGUCAGAUUCCCAUAUGGAGAGAGUGAAGAGCCGGCUUUUGGUAGAGAAGAAGAAGAUAGAGGAAGCGGAUGAGAGAAGGAAAGCGAGGGAGUCCAAGAAACUAUCUAAAGAGAUUCAGGCUCAGAAGUUGAAAGAGAGAGCUAAGCAGAAAAAGGAGGACAUAGAAUCUGUGAAGAAGUGGAGGAAGCAGAGGCAGCAGAGUGGGUUUGCCGGGGGUGACAAAGGCAGCGAGUUGGAUUUGGCCUUCGAGGAUGCGAAACCAUUCGAGAGGUCAAAUAAGAAGAGGCCAUUUGUGGCUCCAGGAGAUCGGUCUGGAGGGAAGGCAAGACAAGGUGGGAAGCCGACGGGAAAAAAACCAAAGAAGAGGGAAAUUAAGGAUUCCAAGUUUGGAUACGGAGGGAGGAAAGGUUCCAAGAAGCAAAAUAUGGCGGAAACGACUAAUGAUUUGAGGGGAUUCAACAAAGAUAGUCUCACAUCAGGAAAUAAGAAAAGGAAGAGUAUUCAUGCGGUCCUAAAUGGUCUGUACUUCGUAUUCUAUUAGCCAGAUUCAGACCUGCAGGUCUGGUGAUUCCUGCUCUUUGGUCCCCUCGGUAAUUUUUAGUUCUCAUGUUAAAAACGGAGGCAAUCUCGACAUUAUUCUUGGUGCCCUGGGCUUUGUGGCUGCCGGGGUUGUGGGAGGGAGCUUCGGCUGACGGAGACGGACGGGAGAAUGGAAAAUUAUCUUGUUGGUGAUAUGAAGUACAUAAUUUUAUGAAGGGGGACAGUUGGAGCGUGGGUUAAGUAAGAAAAUCUGGUUUUACUGCAACAUUUUACAAUGCUACUCUAUGUCUUUUACUUAA